UUUAUAUAAGAGUAAAUCUUGAAAUACACGUUGUUAUUGUCAGUUUAGUAAUAUCUACAAAUAGGGAUUUAUAUCUAUCUCCACCCCUCUCUCUAACGUCCACUUACCUAGGUAGUACUCUCUAUACUCCAACCCCUUAUCCUGGGGAGACUACAUUUUCUACCUGCUGCAACUUUCAGCCAUCCCCAUCCCCAUCCCCAUCGCUUCGAAACAUCCAAAUCCCACCAACCCCUUUCGACCAAACCAGCUCCUUUUCCUCCUCCUCCUCCCUUUCCCCUUUAUUUUUUUUUUCAUUCUUAAAGAAGACCCUAUAAAAAUGUCAGCAAACGACACCCCCGAACAACAAAACCAGAAUCUCCUCACCCGCCCCUUUCCCGAAGCCGUGGCCUACGACCUCUCCGCCAAGGACCACACCGCGCUCAUCCGCGUCCCGCCCCACUCUUCCUGGUCGUCGGGCCUGCACUGGCAUGAUGCGCACACGGAGUUCUUGCAGGUGCUGCGGGGGCGGGCUAGGGUGGUUGUUGGGGGGGAGGAGUUUGUCGUCGGCGCUGAUGCUGGGGGAGGUGGUGGUGUUGGUAUUGGUGUUGGUAUUGGUGGUGGGGAUGGGGAUGGGGGUGAUGUGAUCACGGUGCCACGCGGCGUUGUGCAUGAGUGGCGGAGAGCAGAUGAGGAUGGUGAGGGGUUGGUGGUUAGGGAGUGGACGGAGCCGAGGGAUGGUGGGAAAGAGGUCUUCUUUCGGAAUCUGAAUGCGUUGGUAUUGGGGAGUGGUGGUGGUGGUGGUGGUGGUGUUUGGGGUGGGAUGAAACUACAGGUUGAGCUGUGGAAUCUGUUUUGGCGCGCGGAUAACUAUCCGGUGGUUUGGGGAUCGGGGAUCUUUGGGGGCGUGGCGACGAGGGCGGUGAUGGGGAUUGCGGUUGUGGUGGGCUGGGUGUUGGGGUGUAAGGGGGUUUAUUUAUGA